GAGCAAGGUCGUGAGGCAAGAAGCGGUAGGUUUGCAGCCGCCAUUUCUUCCGCCUCCGGUCUCUGGAUCUUUUGUAGAGCGUCCAAGAGCGCUAUGUUGGGACAGAGCAUACGGAGGUUCACAACCUCUGUGAUUCGUCGGAGCCACUAUGAGGAGGGUCCAGGGAAGAAUAUACCAUUUUCAGUGGAAAACAAGUGGAGGUUACUAGCUAUGAUGACUUUGUUCUUUGGGUCUGGAUUUGCUGCACCUUUCUUUAUAGUAAGACACCAACUGCUUAAAAAGUAAUCCAUGAGAAAGAUAGGAAGAGGAGCAUAUUAAGAGGUGCAGUCUCUUAAAAGGAUCAGUCCCUUGAACUCAGCAUCCUAAAUAUGUUUGUAAAUAAACUUAUGGCAUAAAAAAAAAAAA